AUGUCCGACGAUUUCGUCCAAGUAUAUGAGUACCACCAGUACUGUCCACCCGGAGCCCAGCGGGUCAUUGCGUCGGGCUUCAGCCCGUGGAUCGGCGAAAUGGACGAGUCAACCGUUUUUAAAUAUCCCCUCAACCCGGGCGGAGACAGGACACGUCUUGAACUCGAGCACCAAAUCCUAGAAAUUGUUGGCCCGCACCCACGCAUAAUUGGUCUGAAGCGGCUGUCAGAAGCGGGAUUGUAUCUGGAGCGCACUGCCAACGGGACGUUGUAUAGUUAUCUGACUGACCGAACCAAAUCGCCACCGUCUAUUCAACAGCGGUUGGCAUGGUGCCGAGAAGCUACCGAGGCAGUCGCUCAUGUCCACUCGAAGCGGGUGAUUCACUGCGAUAUCCAGCCGACCAACCUCCUCCUUGACGAGAAUCUCCACUUGAAGCUAUCCGAUUUCCAAGGCAACGUCAUAUCAGAGGAAGGCCAGGUCAUUCUGGAAGGCGGAAGCGCGGAGCCUUGCAGGUUCUUCCGUCCCCGACCCGACCCAUUCGACGCAGACUUCAGGACAGAUCUCUUUGCACUUGGCUGUACUAUUUACUUCAUCAUGAUGGGUCAUUGUGUCUUUCACUAA